UCGCGAAAAGAUCACUUUUGGACAAGCUACUUUAGAAUAUCAAAGGCUUCAGAAAGGUUUAAAGAAAACCAUUAUUGAAGAUAAGAAUUCGGGUAUAAAACUUAACCGUGAAAGGUUUAUUGAAUAUCUGACAAAAGCAGCUGAUGCUGGCAAUGCUAUGGCUCAAUAUAAUUUGG